AUGGAGAUCUAUGCGGACGACCUACUGGUCAAGAGUGGAAAUCCCACACAACACCUAGAUGAUCUUCGAGAGGCCAUCGUGGUGUUUCAACAGUACAAGAUAAAGUUGAACCCAGCAAAAUGCACAUUCGGUGUGGGCUCCAGGAAGUUUCUGGGCUUCAUGAUGUUAGAACGGAGAAUCAAGGCCAACCCAGAGAAAGUGGAGGCUAUCCUCAAUAUGCCUCUGUUGAACUCAAGGUUUCAAGAGGCCUCCUUGACCCUGGUACGAGACAAUGGUGGGGCCCAGCGACUGGGUCAAAUGCUGACAGAUUUUGUUGCGGUGUUCAUAGGCUUCCCUAAGGAAAUUGAACAUGCAAAACCCAUGAAGCCUUGGCAAGUCUUUGUCGAUGACUCGUAUUGUCGGGCUAGAGGGGGAGUGGGAGUGUAUAUCAUUAUGGACAAGGACGAGGAGUACGACUAUGCUGCCAAGUUGGCAUUUAAAACUACAAACAAGAAGGUGGAGUACGAGGUGCUAUUCUUUUGCUUGACAAUCAGCAAGUCUCUAGGUGUUGAAGAGGUGGAGGUUCGGGCCACUCCCAAGUCAUGGUUAGCCAGGUACGAGAUGAAUUCAUGA